AUGUCCAAUUUCCCGUCACUUGAAGAGAUUGAUGAAGGCUUAGUGUCUACCGAGACUCCUAGCGAGUUUCAAAACGAUGAUUUCCUUGCCCGAGAAAAGGCUGUGCUAGGUGAAGAUGCUGAAGCAUUCACAUCCACCGAUGGCCCUGGGGCUGACGAAGCAGUUAUUGGCUUCGAAACUUCUUUCCCUCCUUUGGAAUCCGUAAGUAUUUGUGGCAGCUUGUACUUGAUACUAGGUGGUUGUCGCCUAAUUGUCUAA